GCCAGGCCCUCAGCUAGAGGCUCUGUCAUGGCACCUCUGAGACCCAUCUUCACGCUGGCUCUGCUGCUGUGGGUUGUUCUGGCUGACCAAGAGUCCUGCAAGGACCGCUGCACGGAGGGCUUCAACGCCAACAGGAAGUGUCAGUGUGAUGAGCUCUGCUCCUACUACCAGAGCUGCUGCGCUGACUACGCGGCCGAGUGCAAGCCCCAAGUGACCCGCGGGGACGUGUUCACUAUGCCGGAAGAUGAAUAUGGGCCCUAUGACUACAUCGAGCAGACCAAAGACAAUGCCAGCGUCCAUGCACAGCCCGAGAGCCCCACCGUGGGCCAAGAGCCAACCCUGAGCCCUGACCUGCAGACUGAGGGGGGCGCUGAGCCUACACACGAGGUCCCCCUGGAGCCUGAGAUGGAGACCUUAAGGCCUGAAGGGGAGGACCUGCAGGCCGGGACCACGGAGCUAGGGACAUCGGCGUCCCCAGCAGAGGAGGAGCUGUGCAGUGGGAAGCCUUUUGACGCCUUCACCGACCUCAAGAAUGGUUCCCUCUUUGCUUUCCGAGGACAGUACUGCUACGAGCUAGACGAAACGGCAGUGAGGCCCGGGUACCCCAAGCUCAUCCAGGACGUCUGGGGUAUUGAGGGCCCCAUUGACGCUGCCUUCACCCGCAUCAACUGCCAGGGCAAGACCUACCUCUUCAAGGGCAGCCAGUACUGGCGCUUCGAGGACGGUAUCCUGGACCCUGACUACCCUCGCAACAUCUCUGAAGGCUUCAGUGGCAUCCCAGACAACGUGGAUGCGGCCUUUGCCCUCCCUGCUCACAGCUACAGUGGCCGGGAGCGGGUCUACUUCUUCAAGGGGAAUAAGUACUGGGAGUACCAGUUCCAGCAGCAGCCCAGCCAGGAGGAGUGUGAGGGCAGCUCCCUGUCGGCCGUGUUUGAGCACUUCGCCCUGCUGCAUCGGGACAGCUGGGAGGACAUCUUCAAGCUUCUCUUCUGGGGCAGACCCUCUGGUGGUGCCAGACAGCCCCAGUUCAUCAGCCGGGACUGGCACGGGGUGCCCGGGAAAGUGGAUGCAGCCAUGGCUGGCCGCAUCUACAUCUCGGGCUUGACGCCCAGCCCCUCUGCAAAGAAGCAAAAAUCUAGGCGUCGCAGCCGCAAACGCUACCGCUCCCGCUAUGGCCGUGGCCGUAGCCAAAACUCCCGCCGGCUGUCCCGUUCAAUCUCACGGUUAUGGUUCUCCAGCGAGGAGGUCUCGCUGGGGCCCUACAACUAUGAGGACUACGAGACGAGCUGGCUCAAGCCUGCCACCUGCGAGCCCAUCCAGAGCGUCUACUUCUUUUCAGGAGACAAGUACUACCGAGUCAACCUCCGCACACAGCGAGUGGACACUGUGAACCCCCCCUAUCCCCGCUCCAUUGCCCAGUACUGGCUCGGCUGCCCAGCCCCUGGCGGCCAGUAGGAGUCAGGGCCCAUCCAGUGUGGCUUCUGCUGCUCCCUCUCCCACCCCAAUAAAGGUCCUGUGGCCCUGAGUGUG